GAGAAGCAGCCGGCGGCGGUGGCGGGCCCCCGGCGGAGCAGCUGGCUGCGCUGGUUCACCACGGUGAUCCUGUGCGCCGCCUUCCUGGGGCUGGGAAUGAGUGUUGCCAUCUUAGGUCCCACAUUUCAGGAUUUGGCAACAAAUGUGAACCGCAACAUCAGCAGUCUUUCUUUGAUUUUUGUGGGCCGAGCCUCUGGAUAUUUGAGUGGCUCUGUGAUUGGAGGGGUUCUUUUCGACUGUAUGAAUCACUUUCUGCUUUUGGGGGUGUCCUUGUUGGCCACCACCGCCGGUCUUUAUCUUGUUCCGUUUUGUAAGACGGCAGUCCUGCUGAUUGUCAUGAUGGCUGUCUUCGGUUUUUCAACAGGCAUUCUGGAUACAGGUGGUAACGUGCUACUCUUGGCUAUUUGGGGGGACAGAGGAGCUCCACACAUGCAGGCCUUACACUUCAGUUUUGCCUUGGGUGCCUUUUUGGCUCCACUGCUGGCUAAAUUGGCAUGGGGGACGGCGGUGUCUGCUGACAACCACACAGAGGUCGACUCUCGGCAACCUGCCCUGAACCAGUCCUCCGGAGCUGACUCGGACGUGCUACUCGGAGUGCCUGACAACAUGACUUUACUGUGGACUUACAUUUCCAUCGGUACUUAUAUAUUUGUAGUUUCUAUCUUUUUCUUUGCUCUGUUAUUUAAGAAAAAUUCAAGGAGGGAAAAGACAAAAGCAACUGCUCAGAGGUUUCGAAAAGCUAAAUAUCACCACGCCCUUCUUUGUCUCCUUUUCCUCUUCUUCUUCUUUUAUGUUGGAGCCGAGGUGACCUACGGCUCCUACGUUUUCUCAUUUGCAACCACCCACGUUGGCAUGACAGAAAGUGCAGCGGCUGGGGUGAACUCCAUGUUCUGGGGCAGCUUUGCGGCCUGCAGAGGUCUGGCCAUCUUCUUUGCGGCCUGUUUACAACCCGGAACCAUGAUUGUGUUGAGCAACGUUGGCAGCCUGGCUUCGUCGCUCUUUCUGGUGCUUUUCGACAAGAACCCCAUUUGUCUCUGGACGGCCACUGCCGUGUAUGGGGCCUCGAUGGCAACCACGUUUCCCAGCGGUGUUUCCUGGAUCGAGCAGUACACGACCAUCCACGGGAAAUCCGCGGCGUUUUUUGUCAUCGGCGCGGCCUUGGGAGAAAUGGCGAUUCCCGGGGUGAUUGGGACCCUCCAGGGAAGGUACGAAGAUUUGCCCAUCGUCCUGUACACCUCCUUGGGGGCGGCAGUCGCCACGGCCGUUUUAUUUCCCGUGAUGUACAAACUAGCCACCUUCCCUCUGGAGGGUCAAGGGAAAGAACACAGGAAGAGCGAGGACCAGAGAGCUCUGCUGUCUAGCUCUGAGCUCAAUGACUAUGAGGAGGACAUUGAGGACGAGGACGCAGAAAAAUGGAAUGAAAUGGAUUUCGAAGUGAUUGAAAUGAACGCCACAAUGAGGAAUUCUGUAAUGGAGACGUCUGGACAUACUUUGAUGGAGCCUGCAGCUGACCUUUUCAGCCUGUCUCAUUCCAACGGCCUAGAGCUGGAGUGGGCCUCACCACUUAUCCCCGGCGACUCUCCUGGCAGUGACAGGCCAGGUAACCAGGACAGGAGGGACUGACGCUGAGAGAAGAGGGAGUUACCCUGACUUUUUGAAAAUUAUACUUCUGAGGAGGCCAGUCAGAGCAGAGCUUUAGCAGAAGCUCAGCAUGCUCUGAGAUUCAGGUUUGCUAAAGGUUUUGAAACAUUUUGUAUGCCAGAGCCUUCUAUAAAGGAACCGAUUGUCCCAUACAGCGGCAUCUUGUAAAGGCCAGUGUUUGCACGGGGCUGGCUGAGCAGUAUUUUAUGGUUUUCUCCCUCGGCAUGCAAAGCAAGCAUUUAUUUUGACCACUUGGCUACCAUCGUAGUAGCAAAGCCCUUAGUAAUCAACGUCAGUCAUAGGUAUUCUGGCAGGCAAAUUAGGCAGCGUCAUUUCACAAAAGAGUGUCUUUGCAAACAGAAGUUUUGUUCAUUGCUUUUCCCUGUCCAUAGCAUUGCACCAACAGAUUCUAAUAAGUCUGGUUCAGUAUUUUAUGAAGAGGAUACGAGUCAGUGCUCUAGAGGUUCUGUUCAAGUCUCGAUGCUGCUGACCAGCUUUUGGGCUAUGCAUUCAGCCACUUCACUCACUUAGGACUCGUUUAUCUCAUCUCAUCAGUGCCUCUAGAAGUGAAAUACAGGUGAUACUCAAGUAGAUUUUAAAGUUUGUGCAAGAUGUCUGCUGGAAAUAAUAAAGUGCCACCCAUUCUUCAUUAAAAUGAGAAGUGAAACAACAGUAAUAGCUUUACGAAAGGGCUGCUGAUUAUGACCUUAUGUUAGUGGAAAGAGAUUCAAUGUUUUUACUGUGUUUGAGUAAUUACUGUGUUUCAGUAAUUAUCUAGUACUGUCUUUUAUCGAUUCUAAGAUGUCCCUUUGCUGACAUUUGAACAUCUUUGAAAUGAGAGUAUGUUUUCAAAUCAAUGAUCAUAUAAGUUUGUGACAAACUUUAAUUGAAUGUUUUCCGUAUACAAAAUAAUGUUGCAUUUAACAUCAAUGUGUUAUAUUCAGCGAAAUGCAGUGAUUCAUUCAGUUAUGCAGAUUGUGCAUAACAUACAGAUGUUUUAAAGUUAUUUUUGUAUGCUGAUUUUUCUCUAUGUUAGAUGGAGUUUGGAGAUAAAUGUUCUGCUUUCAAAAUCUGUCUCAAGUUUCUUAGUAAGUAAUAGGGCUGUGGAUGGGGUCUCUUGUGGCCUUAACCUACCUGAGAAACAAUCUGGGUCUAAGUCCUGGGGUUCUGGAUUUGCUGCUUCUCAUUGAAUUUGACUGGUAAAGUCAUUUGACAAGCACUGUAGACCAGGCUGCUAGUUUAAUUUUCAAUGAGGUGCAUUGCAAAGUGUUUUCUGGCGAUGGAAGACUAGUAUCAACCAUGGAGAGCUGCUCCUUCCUGAGUGUGAAAUAACUGUCAAGCCAAAUUAAUGAUGCAGAGGGUCUUGAUGGCCCAGGAGUCAGGAUCAGAGGGGGACCUCAGGAGUCUGGCCAGGCUGUUGUGAGCCAGCCUUUGAAAAAUGAUGAGCAUCGGGCCUCCCAUGGUGGGGCAGUGGUUGCGCGUUGGGCUGCGAAGUUGCCCGUAGCCUCUGCAGUGCUGGUUUGAUCCCGGGCCGCCGGCGAGGGUCCCACAUGGCAUGGCAGACCUCUCCUGCUGCCCGCUGCUCCCCUCAGCAGGGUAUUUCAUUACUUUGCCUGUUCUGUUCCCCGCUCUGGCUCUGGUGAAUUCUCUCACCCUCCUGCGCUUCUGACUGUACCCA